AUGGAUGAAUUGGUGGAGUGGUGUAGAGAAGCCGGACGCGAAAAUGGCUACGCCAUCAAACGCACCAUCUACGAUAAACCCCCAAGCGGUCAGCCGUUAAAAAUUUGGCUUACGUGCGAUUGUGCCGGCCAGCACAACUCAACAGCCACGGUCAGACGCAGCGGGACUAGGAAAACCGGUUGCAAGUUCCAACUGAUCGAGACAUACAGAAAGAGGUUACGUUAUUGGGAUCUAAGGGUUGACGUAGUUAAACAUAACCGCGAACCCUUUCUGUACCCAGAGGGUCAUCCGUCCCUAAUGAGGCUGACUCCAGUGGAAGAGAGGACGGUGGAGCAACUUACGCAUCAAAACAUAAAACCACAAGACAUUCUUGCUGCCAUUAAAGAACAGAACCCUCAUAAUGUCUCAACAAGAAACACCAUAUACAACGCUCGGGCCAAAUUGGGUCGAAUGGAACAAGUCGGCGAGACUCCAAUGCAGAUACUUUUCGACCGAUUUGAGAAGGUUGGACUCCACCUACAAGACGAAUCGGUACAAAAUGCUGCUAGUUCAGAUUAUCGGUGUUACGACCACGUUGAUGUCGUUUUGCAUUGCUCAUGCGUUCAUAAACAACGAGAAACAGGAAAACUUCACGUGGGUUCUACAGAGGUUGAAAGACUCAUUAGAGAGUGUUAUGGAACCCCGUGUAAUAGUAACGGAUAG